UGCAGCUGAGACAACCAAGGAUAGAGGAGUAUUGAGAAGGUAAUUAAUGGAGUUUCUGAAGCAAAACUUGGACCUGAUCUUGGUCCCUGCAGGGCUCUUUCUCAUGUUCACCUACCAUCUCUACCUCCUCUACCGAGUCCUAAAACAUCCUUCAACAACAUCCAUCGGCUAUGAGAACCACAUCUGGAUGUCUUGGGUCGAGAGAGUGAUGGGUGACUCGAGUUAUAUAAGCAUAGCAAUAUCAGUGAUAUCAAACAACACAUCAAGUUCAAUCUACUUGGGUUCUAUGUGCCUUUCACUAUGCGGUUUCAUAGGAAUAUGGGUGGGAACCUCAACAAGCAGUGUCGUCAAUCCUGUGUAUAUACUGGGAAACACAAGUUCAGCCACCAUUUCCCUUAAAGACAUAAGCAUGCUCUUUGCUUUCUUGAUGGGCUUUGGGGCAUUUAUGCAGUCUGUGAGGUACUAUGUGCAGGCAAACUCCUUAGUAAGCAUGUCAAGUAAGGAUUUACCAGUGCUCUAUGUGCAGAGGUUGGUGUUAAGGGGCAAUAAUUUCUGGCAGGUUGGAUUGAGGUUGCUCUACUUAGCUAUGGCUUUGUUGUUUUGGAGUUUCGGGCCCAUACCAAUGUUUGUAUCGUGCUUGGUUAUGGUCAUAUUUCUGUAUUUCUUGGACUCGAAUGCGGAACCAUUGCAUUUGUUUCUGCAGGGGACUAAUUAUCCGGUGAAGAAGAAGAAGGUGGAGGAGGUGGCUGUUAGGGUAUAGGGGUGAACCGGUGCUGGAGAAAGUGGCGUUUGGAGGUAUUUUUUUUUUUAAUCAGUCCUAUUCUAUGAUCAGGAAAGGGAGAUGUGAACUAGGAGGCUUAAACCCAAGACUUCCUUGUGGCAAUGUCCUUCCAUGCACGACAUGGUACUGAGUGGAUGUUAAAUCAUGUAUGUGAUCUUAUUGGUAUGGUUUAUGCUAGAACUCAAUUGCCUAGCUGCCCGCCAAAGAGACCUAGCUUUUUGUUACAUAGUCAAGUUGAUA